AUGGUUAUUGUCACCAGGGGUGUAGUGGGCGUAGUACGCGGGGGAGGCUGCACCUUCGAGGAGUCGUACAGCAGCUGUGGCUAAGUGUCUCUGGGCACCAAUGGAUUUACCUGGGAGCAAGUCAACUCGUGGGAGAAGACCACCAUGGACCCAGCCCUGCCCACCGGCUCCUACAUGGUGGUGAAUGCUUCGGGUCGUGCCUCAGGACAGAAGGCUCACCUGUACAUGCCCACGCUGAAGGAGAACGAUACCCACUGCAUCGACUUCCUGUACUCCCUGUCGUCACGGGACGGAGCCAGUCCUGGAACUCUAAACGUCUAUGUCAAGGUGAAUGGAGGAGCCCAGGGGAACCCCGUGUGGAACACCUCAGACACCGUCACUGAAGGAUGGGUCAAAGCUGAACUGGCCAUCUCCACCUUCUGGCCCAACUCAUACCAGGUGAUUUUUGAGGCGGUCUCGGUCCAGGGCCACCCCGGGUUCAUCGCCGUAGAUGACAUCCGCGUCCUGGCUCACCCCUGUCGUAAAGCUCCUCACUUUCUGCGGCUCCAGAACGUUGAGGUAAACGUGGGACAGAACGCCACGUUUCAGUGCACAGCGGGAGGGAAGUGGUCUCAGAACGACAAGCUCUGGGUUCAGCAGUGGAACGGUAAAGACUCUGCUCUGAUGGUGACUCGAGUGGUGAACCAUCGGCGUUUUUCGGCCACGGUCAGUGUGGGAGACACGUCCCAGAGGAGCACCAGCAGAUACAGAUGUGUGAUCCGCUCCGACGGAGGCUCUGGAGUGUCCAACUACGCAGACCUCAUCGUCAAAGCUCCUCCCACUCCUAUUGCCCCUCCCGAGCUGCUGGCUGUUGGCGCCACCUACCUGUGGAUCAAACCCAACGCCAACAGCAUCAUCGGGGACGGGCCCAUUAUUCUGAAGGAGGUGGAGUACCGCACCACGACGGGAAACUGGGCGGAGACUCACGUGGUGGACGCUCCCACGUACAAACUGUGGCACUUGGACCCGGAUGUGGAGUAUGAGAUCAAAGUGCUGCUGUCCCGACCAGGAGAGGGUGGCACCGGACCCCCGGGACCGCCUCUGGUGACCAGGACCAAGUGUGCAGAUCCAGUGCACGGGCCUCAGAACGUGAACGUGGUGGACGUGAGGGCUCGCCAGCUGACCGUCCAGUGGGAGACUUUUGGAUACGCCGUCACUCGUUGUCAUAGCUACAAUCUGACAGUGCAGUACCAGUACGUGUUCAACCAGCAGGAGUUUUCGGCUGAAGAGUCGAUCCAGACCUCGUCCCAUUACACUCUGAGAGGUCUGAGGCCCUUCGUAACAGUGAGGCUACGACUGGUCCUGGCCAACCCCGAAGGCAGCAAGGAGAGCGAGGAGAUCGUCAAGCAAACAGAAGAGGAUGUCCCUGGUUCGGUUCCCAUGGAGUCUCUUCAGAACACGGCGUACGAGGACAAGAUCUUCCUUCAGUGGAAAGCUCCGAACGAAACCAACGGAGUCAUCACCCUGUACGAGAUCACGUACAAAGCCCUGAGCUCGUGGGACCCCAGCGCUGACCUGAGCACGCAGAGAGGCAGAGUCUUCAAACUACAAAAUGAAACCCAGCAUCUCUUUGUGGGGCUGUUUCCCGGGACCACCUACUUCUUCACCCUCAAAGCCUCCACCAACAAAGGCUUCGGACCCCCAGUCACCUCCAGGAUCACCACCAAGAUCGCAGCUCCCAUGAUGCCUGAGUACGAGUCUGAAACACCACUGAACGAAACGGAGACCACCAUCACCAUUUUACUGAAGCCUGCCCAGUCCAGAGGCGCUCCCAUAAGCUCAUAUCAGUUGGUGGUGAAAGAGCUACGCAAAUCCAAAAGUCGUCGUGCGGCAGAGGAGCCCCAGUGUUUCUCCGCUCCCUUCAGUUUCCGAAACGCCUCCAUCUUGGACUCUUCCUACUACAUGGCCGCUGAGCUGCCCCCCUCCAGCCUCACGAUGGUACAGCCCUUCACUGUGGGGGACAACAAGAGCUACGGAGGCUUCUGGAACCCACCGCUGUCUCCAGCCAAGAGCUACAGCAUCUACUUCCAGGCCGUCAGCCGUUCCAAUGGGGAAACCAAAAUCAACUGCGUCCGCCUGGCUAACAAAGUGGUAAUAGGUAGGGGACAAAUAACAACGCCGUACAUUCUAGUCAUCCCAAGCGAAGGAGCCGUGAUCCAGGAUUCGGACGCGAUGGAGCCGGAGAAGCAGGUGGACAGCACGGUGAAGAUGGCCGGAGUCAUCGCUGGGAUACUCAUGUUCAUCAUUAUCCUCCUGGGGCUGCUCCUCGCCUUCAAACGCAGGUAUCUCAACACGCUCCACAUGUGA